UAAAUGUUUACUGUUUUACGUACGUACAACAAAGGGUAGUUUUCUUCUUAAAAAUGGAGGGAAAUUCAUUGUAACAAAUCAUCCAUCUUAUCACACUUUUUUGUAUAGUCGCAUAAUAUUUUGGCAUAAAUUCGUUGUCACAUGCAAGUUCGGUUUGAUACCAAAAUAAACAUGUUAGCUUAACAAUUUUUUCCGAUGUCUAACGUAUUAAAACACAUCAAAAUGGACACUAAUGUACUGAAAAGUAAAUUUCGAGGCUCUUUAUUAGGAUCAUUAUUAGGGGACUGCCUGGGUUCUCCCUUUGAAGGAGAACCCAUAACCGCAGGCGAGAAAAUCGUCAUUCAGAGAUACUUUGAUAAAUUGGAGUCCCCAGACCUCAAAGGGCCCGUAAGGAGUUACACAGAUGACACCGCCAUGAUGAAGUCAAUCGCCCAAAGUCUCAUUGCUAAACCAGAAAUCGACUACAAACACAUGGCGAAAUUAUUCGUCAAAGACUACUUUCUUGAACCGCACCGCGGUUACGGCCCUAACGUUGUAGAGGUGUUCAGUAAGUUGCGGAAAAGUAAGUUUGAUGAUAUUUAUAGGCCUGCAAGAGAACAGUUUAAUGGAAAGGGGUCUUUUGGUAAUGGCGGUGCCAUGAGGAUUGCACCAAUCGCGCUUUAUUUUUACAAUGAUUAUAAUUUAAUGGUGGAAGCGGCUAAAAAGUCCACUGAAAUCACACACACGAACUCUUUGGGUGUGCAUGGGGCUGUUUUGCAAUGUAUAGCGGUUCACCAGGCUUUGCUCACUGAUCCAAAAGAAGAAAUUAAAUUUGACCAGUUCUGUCCUGACAUUACUAAGAAAAUCAAACUAGUGGAACAAGAAGAUGAUGAUGGUUUAGAAUUAGAUGAUGACCAUCCAUAUGAAGACAAGGUUAAAUUUGUGCAACAUUUUCUUCAAACUAAUUAUCAUGAAGAGUUGGAUGAAGAGGUUUGUCAAAAUUUGGGGACUUCCAUUCUUGCUUAUGAUUCAGUUCCAACUGCAAUUUAUUGUUUUUUGAGGGCGCUUAAGAAUGAUAUUGAAACGGUGAAGACUGACAACAUUUUUAGAAGAACUAUUCAAUAUGCAAUCACAUUAGGAGGUGAUACUGAUACCAUUGCUUGUAUGGCAGGGGCUAUUGCUGGAGCAUACCUGGGCGAGGAAGCUAUUAAUGUUAAUAUGGCCAAACAGUGUGAAAGUUAUAAAGAAAUAAUAGAAUUGGCCGAUCAGUUGCAUGCUCUUGUUGUUAAAUGAUGAGUUACUUAUUUGCUCAAAAUUAUGUCACAGUUUAUAAAUAUUUUUUUAUCUGUAAUUUUAAAAAUAAAAAUUAGACGGCUGAAA